UUCCUCAGAGUGCAUAGAUUUCCUCUUCUCUCUAGACCACCGCAACCCGGACACGGCUUAUAGAACUCACACAUUUUCAUAUCUCUUUCCUUUUCCCUUUCCUAACUUUUUCCAACUCCCAAACGCUACUCCCAACCAAGUUCUCAUCACCAUGAGUCCCACCACCACCACCCUCCCCACAGGCGCCCCAACCUCGCCCUUGUUCGAGAUCCGCGAAACCCCCCAUAGUGGCCGCGCCGUCUUCGCCACAAAAGACAUACCAAACGACACGCUCCUCUGGCGCUCCACCGACCUAACCCUCGACGUCCUCCUCCGCGAAUACCGCCGCGAAGUCUGCGGCGAAUGCUUCGCCUACGAUCACGGCCGCGACCUCCCUAUCCGCGACCAAUCCCUCGGCUUCGCCUUCUGCACCCCAUCGUGCCUCGAAACCUGGAAAUCCCGCAACGGACCCCUCGGCAUCCAAGCCUGGACCGCCGUCGAGAAACUCGUCAAGAAACGCAGCAAAGAAGACUCGGAAAUGGUCUCUCCAGACCUCCCCCGCCCAUCCACCAAGCGCAUCGCCGAAGCGUGGGAUACAACCACCACGGCCGCCUCCCUGAUCCGCGUAGCCCGCGCCGCAGACCGCGACAGCCCCGCCAACCAAGCCGGCGUCGCCGUGCCCGUGGACCACGACGGCGGCGGCGUCAAAUGCACAAAGCAGCACCGCAAAGCGGUCCAGAAAGCGCUGCUGCAGCCGCUGAACCCGGACAUUAUAUCGUUCGUGCUCAGCGGGAUCCUGCACACGUACCACAACCCGUCGGCGUGGCCGUGCAUCCUGGCCCUCGCCAGCGACGACACCCCGUACUCGAGCGCCGACGACCUCGCCGCCUACACGCGCACCUAUCUGCAUCUACUCGCGGUCCUGCCGCUUCCGCUGCUCCCCCACGUUACUGCAGAGUCGAUCCGGCUGCUCGGCAGCCGCGACUCGCAUAAUUCGUUUGGGAUCCGCUCGCUCGAGGACGAGGGCGCUGAGUUCUUUGGAUACGGGUGUUGGCCUUCCGCGUCGUAUUUCAACCACUCGUGCGCGCCGAGCGUCGCGAAGAGGCGCGACGGGCGGGUGUGGGAGUUUAGGUCCGCCAGGGAUGUAAAGGAGGGCGAGGAGCUGUGCAUUACGUAUCUGAGCGGCGAGGAACGCAGGUUGAGUCGUGGGAAGAGGGUCGGGAUUCUGAAGCGGAAUUGGGGGUUUGACUGUGCUUGUGAUCGGUGUGAGGGGGUUUAG